CUGCUACCUCAUUGGAACCCCCGCCGUCCGCCGAUCGCCACUACGGGGUGAGCUGAUCUGAACAACGUUGUCAACUCCCCCCUCAUGACACUUCAUCCUCGUCAGACCCGUCGUCCAAAUAUUAUAUUGUUCAUGUAGGCCUCGAGCCUCUUUUGACGCAUCCGGAGACAAUCCGCGAAUUGCCUGCAUAAGUCCCAAUCACAAGCAUCUCAUCAACUGAGACGCUCACAAACUCACCCACAGCCCGCAUCUAAGAUUAAACACUUAAGAUACUCGGCAUCUUAUCAAUCACUUCGUCCAUUAUGCCCGACAACGGUCCCUCGGACAACUUCUUUGUCCGCUUCAAACAGAAGGUGGACGACCACGUCGCCUCGGCCUUUCAGAGAGUUCUGGGCCUUCCGACCGCUGUGUCCCGUCUCAACAGCACCUGGCCCGAACCUCCCCGACCGUCCCAGGCCGACGAGCAUGAGCGCGGGACGGCAAUUGCGUCGGAGGGCGGCGGCGCCACCAACGCCGCCGCCCACCCUCGCACGCCGUCCUCGUCGUACCCCCAGCCGACAGUCUUUGACCUUUUCUCGUCAAUGUCGCCGAUGCAAGCCCUCUUCGAAACCGAGAAGCUCACAGAGUCACUCUACCAGGUCAUGUGGAUAUCAUUCCUCAUCGACUCGCCCUACUCGCCGCUGCGACUCCACGACCUGCCGCAGCCUACUCCGAAGGACCUGCCCAAGGGCGCCGACCCGACCCUCUUCGGCUUCGAGGACGCCUUCGAGGACCUGCUCAUGGUGAGCAGUGGCCAGGGCCUACCGGAGAUCAACGAACGCGUCCGCUUCAGGAAAGAGUGUCGCGAGUCCUUCCCCCACGGCCUGCCCCCGAUUCUCUGGCUUCACCAGCUUACCCGCCAGGGUCUGUGGGACGGCUGGGACACGAGGCCUGAGGUGCUGGACGGCGCCGUGAGCGAACGGUGGAAGCGCUGGUUGCAGGAGCAGGAUGACCCCUUUCACGAGCGGCGGUUGCCGUCCGUUUCCAGCCAGUCAUCGCCUCAGGAGACGGGGAAGCACUCGGCGGUUGAGAACGGUGCUCGGGAGAGGCUGGCUCGUCCCGAACGAGACCAUCAUGGGGAGACAGAGGAGGAUUCAUACUUGUCAGUUAUAGGCAAGGCUCGCUUCAACACAUCCCGCGAGACGUCUGCGUCUCCAUCAGAGUCACCCGAGUCGCAUUCAACCACGCGAGAUCUCUCGCCCCAGGGUCUUCCCUCGGGCUGGAAAGUGGUGGAAAAGGUCCAGGAGCGCGAGGACGCAAAUGGCAACGUCCACGUUACCAAGACUGUCACAACUUUCAACGGCAGGGGUGAGGAGGUUGGCAGGCAGACUGAGAGGCGUUCCGAGUACGCCUGGUCGGCCAGCUUCUCGACCGGUGGCAGCAACAAGAAAGACCGGCAGCAGCAGCAGCAGCAGCACCAAGACAGCGAGAGGGAUGAUAACGACAAGAGUAGUUGGUUCUGGAAAUGAAGCAGAGGCUUUGUUGUCCUUUUCCCUUCUUCUUUUCUUUUGUCACUUCGCUCGGAGGAGUUAUUGGGAUGGGAUGGGCCCAGGGGCCAUCUGUACGAACAACCAACGUAGUACCGAGUGUACAGAUUAAGACUUUGGGCAAAAGUUAAGGUUACUGAAACGUUUAUGUUUGUAAACAGGGUUCUCAUAUUCUACUCCCGCAUGGCUGGUUCGACUCCUGAUGACCCAACCAACACCUGCUUGUCUCCUUCCAGGGGAAAGGGGUUCGGAAUCCUAGAUCAGUCUACCUACUGCCUGCGUCUCGUUUGUUUGUGGACGUCAUUUGGGCUCUUUUAUUCAUCAACAAAUAAACCAUUCAACAUUCUGCCCUUGGCGUGGCCCUAUUGACGCACAUACGACUACUGAACGUGUUAGUCUCAGUCUCGUACUGGAGCGCAACCCAACAACUCAAUAGUGCAAACACAUGCCCAUGAGCUACUUUGGUCGCAUUAGUUCACAUCUUUCCCGCAGGCUCCCGUGCCUCCCCGAGACGAUCGUGUUUGGAAGCCCCGAC